UUUGUUAUCGUAGUGUUCAGAGUAUUCGGGUUCACAGAGUUUAUAUCUAUAAUGAUCAUGUGGUUUAAAUGCAGCCACUUACAGUAUCACCACCAGGCGGCAGGUCAAGCCAACACACUGUAUUUCAUUCCUCUCUUCCCCUGCAUAGAGAAAGAGAGAGAGAGAGAGAGAGAGAAAGAGAGAGAGAGAGAGAGAGAGAGAGAGAGAGAGAGAGAGAGACACUUGAAAACACAAAGAGAGUUUUGCAAACACUUCCAGGGUCUGAGGAUCUCUCUGUUGCAUGGUACUGUCAUUAACAAAAAGCAGCAGCGGUGGGAGGUUGUCUUUGUGCAUGCAGUGAUGAGAGGGUCCCAACCACAGUGAGAGACCCCCAACACUCACUCAUGCUUUCUCUCUUCUCUGCCCUCCACUUUAACCUCUAAAUUACACUCAGCGAUCUCCUCUUGGAUCAUUUCUUCUUCCAUUUAUACUGAAGACGCCUGUGGAGGAUUGGAAAAAAAAGACUCUGCAAGGAGGAUUACCUUUGCAACUUUUUUUCUUUUCCUUUAGUGAAGUUGAGAUUUUCUUCAGCUGGAAUAAUGCCUUUGCGUUGGAGUAGAAGCUCCUGGUUUCCAGUUGUGUUUGGUGCUGCGCUGGUUGUUCUAACCGCGGGUAAUGCUGGACCGAACCAGGACAGGAAGCAGCCAAGAGCGUCCACAUGCUUUGGAGGCUUCGAUCUCUACUUUGUUUUGGACAAGUCUGGGAGUGUGCAGCAUCACUGGACAGAAAUCUACAACUUUGUUGAACAUCUAGCUCAUAAAUUCAUCAGUCCACAGUUGCGGAUGUCCUUCAUUGUGUUCUCCACUGAGGGAAGCAUCUUAAUGAGCCUGACAGAAGACAGGGAACGCAUUCGUAAAGGUCUGGAGGAGCUCCACAGGGUUCGUCCAGGGGGAGACACCUUCAUGCAUGAGGGCAUCCUGAGGGCCAGUGAGCAGAUAUACUAUGGAAACACAGAAGGUUAUCGCACCGCCAGUGUCGUCAUCGCCCUGACAGACGGAGAGCUGCACGAGGAUCUUUUCUACUACGCUGAGCGGGAGGCCAACCGUUCCCGAAGCCUGGGUGCCUCUGUCUACUGCGUGGGUGUAAAGGACUUCAACGAGACACAGCUGGCGAAGAUUGCUGACAGUAAGGACCAUGUCUUCCCUGUGAAUGAUGGAUUUGAGGCCUUGCAGGGAGUCAUCGACUCGAUCCUGAAGAAGUCCUGUAUCGAGAUCCUGGCAGCAGAGCCUUCUAGUAUCUGUGCAGGAGAGUCCUUCCAAGUGGUGGUGAGAGGCAACGGAUUUCUCCACGCCCGCAAUGUCGAAAAGGUCCUGUGCAGCUUCCGCAUCAACGACACCGUCACUAAGAUGGUGAAGCCUUUGGUUGUGGAAGAUACAUAUCUCCUCUGCCCUGCACCAGUUCUCCAAGAUGAGGGGAUGGCAGCGAACCUUUAUGUCAGUAUGAACGAAGGUCUCAGUUUCAUCUCCAGUUCGGUCACCAUUACCACUGUGGGCUGUUCUGAUGGGACCAUACUGGCCAUAGCUCUGCUCAUCCUGAUGCUGCUGCUGGUCUUGGCGCUCCUCUGGUGGUUCUGGCCUCUCUGCUGCACUGUGAUCAUCCAUGAUCCCCCGCCACCAGCUGCAGACGAGAGUUCGGAUGAUGAAGACUUUGAAGCCCCUAAGAAGAAGUGGCCGACUGUAGACGCCUCCUACUACGGAGGAAGAGGAGUUGGGGGGAUCAAAAGGAUGGAGGUCCGCUGGGGUGAGAAAGGCUCCACUGAAGAAGGAGCAAAGCUGGAAAAGGCCAAAAACGCCAAAGUGAAGAUGCCUGAGCAGGAGUAUGUGGAGGCCCCCAUGCGGAUUCUCAACAACGGCAUGCAUAAACCUCUGGGGCCACGCAAAUGGUACUCACCCAUCAAGAGCAAACUGGAUGCUUUGUGGGUACUUCUAAGAAAAGGCUACGACCGCGUGUCUGUAAUGAGACCUCAUCCGGGUGACAAGGUAAGAACAACUCCAAAAAGCUGCACAGGUUGGCAUAAAACCAGUCAAUCAGCCUGUGUUUUACUGACGGAUGUAAGGAAUUGGCAGAGCAUUAGCAUUUGGCAAAUAAUGAGAAUCUUUUGUUGAGAGAAUGGCCCAGCUGUGAGCAGCAGAGAGGCUCAUGGGAAACCUUGUGGUGAGUUGGGUAUUAGGCUGCAGCGGCUGACU